AAGUGUGGAAGCAAAGACAACGGAGAGAUUCACAGAGCAUGGACAAUCCUCAACCGUCGCCCGGCAGACCCACCGAUCCCGGUGCCAUAAAAAUCGAGAAGAAAAAGGCGAGCAGUUUCAAAUUGGUCGGCAAAAAGCGCCGGGCCCUCGAGGUGGUUAACAAGAUGGAAGCUAAAGCGGUACGCAUGAGGGCCAAGACAAGUAAGUUGAGGACGGAAAAUGGGGAGAUGGAUGCUGCUGCUGAAGAUAAGGAAAAGGAGGUGAAAUUGUUGAAGGAAAAACGCGAUGGAUGUCUUGCUGAACUGCUGCUUAUGUCAGUGACAGAGAAUUUCCUCCUUGAGGAGAUUCUGUUUCCCCCGAGUGAAGACUACUAAAAUCCAAAGUUGGCAGUUGCUGUAUAAUUGAGUGUUCAUUUCUUUAUCUUAUUUAAUUCUGUUUUUGGUGUUUGGUGUGCUUACCUAGUGUUUUUUGUUUCUUGUCUUUAAAUAAAAAAGCAACUGUAUU